GGGCCCGGGCGCGUCCCCCAGAGCCAUGCCCGGCCGCCCCGCCCGCAGCGGAGGGCCCUAGAGCUGCGGCGCGGGCCAUGGCGGCCGCCAGCGGCUACACGGACCUGCGGGAGAAGCUCAAGUCCAUGACGUCCCGGGACAACUACAAGGCGGGCAGCCGAGAGGCCGCGGCGGCCGCUGCCGCCGCCGUGGCUGCUGCCGCCGCUGCCGCCGCCGCGGCCGAGCCUUACACGGCGUCCGGGGCCAAGCGCAAGUACCCCGAGGACUCGGACCCCGAGCGCAGCGAUUUCGAGGAGCAGCAGCUGCAGAAGGAGGAGGAGGCACGCAAGGUGAAGAGCGGCAUCCGUCAGAUGCGCCUGUUCAGCCAGGACGAGUGCGCCAAGAUCGAGGCCCGCAUCGACGAGGUGGUGUCCCGCGCAGAGAAGGGCCUGUACAACGAGCACACUGUGGACCGGGCUCCGCUGCGCAACAAGUACUUCUUCGGCGAGGGCUACACGUACGGCGCGCAGCUGCAGAAGCGCGGGCCCGGCCAGGAGCGCCUCUACCCGCCCGGCGACGUGGACGAGAUCCCCGAGUGGGUGCACCAGCUGGUCAUCCAGAAGCUGGUGGAGCACCGCGUCAUCCCCGAGGGCUUCGUCAACAGCGCCGUCAUCAACGACUACCAACCCGGCGGCUGCAUCGUGUCCCACGUGGACCCCAUCCACAUCUUUGAGCGCCCCAUCGUGUCCGUGUCCUUCUUCAGCGACUCCGCGCUCUGCUUCGGCUGCAAGUUCCAGUUCAAGCCUAUCCGGGUGUCGGAGCCCGUGCUUUCCCUACCGGUGCGCAGGGGGAGCGUGACUGUGCUCAGUGGAUAUGCUGCUGAUGAAAUCACCCACUGCAUCCGGCCUCAGGACAUCAAGGAGCGCAGAGCGGUCAUCAUCCUCAGGAAGACAAGAUUAGAUGCACCCCGAUUGGAAACCAAGUCCCUGAGCAGCUCCGUGCUGCCACCCAGCUAUGCCUCAGAUCGUCUGUCGGGAAACAACAGGGACCCUGCUCCGAAACCCAAGCGGUCCCACCGCAAGGCAGACCCCGAUGCUGCCCACAGGCCUCGGAUUCUGGAGAUGGAUAAGGAGGAGAACCGGCGGUCUGUGCUGUUGCCCGCACACCGGCGGGGGGGCCGCUUCAGCUCCGAGAACUACCGGCGCAAGUCCUACGAGCCUGGGGAGGACUGCUCGGAGGCGGCGGGCAGCCCCGCCCGCAAGGUGAAGAUGCGGCGGCACUAAAGCCAGCGCCUCCGGACUCCGUGACCCUCACUAGCUGCCCCUCCUUCUGUUCUGUUCUGAGGGUUUUUUCCUCCCCCCACCCCCACUUUUUUUUUUUUUUGAUUCUAUUUUUUUCCCCUUGGUUUGUUGCCUGUUAAGGCUGAAGAAUGGGAUUGGCCAGGACCUGGUUCUCUUGUUCUGGGUUUCCUCCUGGAUGGAAAGGCUGCUGGCAUCUGUAGGCACAGAAGCGCACACUGGAGGGGCCAGUAGAGGUGUGGAGGGCUGUGUCAUGCUGGGUUAUUUAAAAGCAGCGAAAUGUUUUGGUUAAGAAAAUUCUUGUUUUGCUUUAAAUGUAAAUCUUCUCAGUGUUGUAAAUGAAGUUCAGUCUCCUCCCCCUCCUCCCACCUAUGUCUGCACUGGGGUGAGGUCCUGCUGGUUCUGCAGGGGGCCUGCUGCCCUCCCACCGCUCACCUGCUCUCCAGGCCCAGCAGCUCAGGUGGAUACCCCUCCUGCAGUGGGGGGAUGACAAGCAGAAGCCUGGACGGUGUCAGCCCCUGCUGCCCUAGAGCUGUUACUGGCUGAAACCUCGGGCUUCCUGCACGCCCUCUGGCCUGCUCUGCCCACAGGUUCCUGGCUGCCAAGGAAGCGGCUGCAGUGGUCUUGACCUCUUGCUGGGAGCCCACCUCUUUGCUGGUCGCUCCUUUCAAGCAUAUGCGUGCGACUGUAUGGAAUAGUUAUAGACUUGCCAUGUUGGGCAGUUUUAGGAGUUGUUUCUAGCUGGAGGGAUUGGUGUCCUUCCAGGUCUAGCAUUUGGGGUAUGGAAAAUUGUUGUGGUGUGUGGUAGGGUUUUGUUUUCUUUUGUUCUGAGUUUUCAUUUUUUUCCUUUGGCCUCCUGGCUUUUUCCUUUCCUUUUCUUUUCUCAUCCGUCGACCAGCGUGGGCCUUCUCCCUGUGUCAUCCCUGUAGGAAGGGCCCUCCUGCAGCAUGCAUCCAGGGCCAGAGGUUGGGCCUGCAGAUGGAGCGGGAGCCUCCUCCACCUCGGGCAUCAGACCUGGGGAAGGGGCUUUUAAAAAAUAAUAACAAAAGGGGAAAAUGAAGUUUUUGGCAGUUUCCACCCACUCAUCUUUGAGGGCUUCAAGGUUUUGCUGAUCGCGGUUCCUUAGGAAUGUCUCCUUGCCAGCAGGCCUAAGACCCAGGCCUACUGAGAGCAGAGCCCCUCCCAGUCCCCAGGCUGCCCCAUCCAGGGGCUGGUCCAAGAGGAGGCUGCAGAGAGCUGGGCAGCCACCAUCAAGAUGCCCCUUUUGGGGCCAGAACUCCUUUGCCAGCGUGGAUUCCUCAAGUUGGGACUUCGUAACUAAAGCAGUUGCAGUUUUAUUUUUUUUACAGCUUUUUUCCCAAAAAUGAUUUGUAGUUGUGUGUGCAGCACUUUGCCCUGAUAUGUGUGCUCUACAAUAAAAACCAAAUCUAAUAUAUUUUGAAA